UGUAUCCGUGUUUCCCUUUCGCUAGCCUUUUCCGCUUCCUCUAUCCAACUUUCAGCCUUCGAAAUGGCAAAGAGAACAAGAAAGGUUGGCAUUACUGGAAAAUAUGGUACCAGAUAUGGUGCUUCACUGAGGAAGACCAUCAAAAAGAUGGAAAUUGAACAGCAUGCCAAGUACACAUGUCAAUUUUGUGGAAAGGAUAGUAUGAAAAGAAGAGCUGUAGGAAUCUGGCACUGCACCAAGUGUAUGAAGACUGUUGCAGGAGGUGCUUGGAUAUACAGUACAAAUGCUGCAGCCACAGUAAGAAGUGCAGUUAGACGUCUGAGGGAAAUGAAGGAACUUUGAAGUGUCAAAAAUAAAAUUUAAAAAACCA